AUGGGCCUGAAAGACCAUCUGGAUGAUGGAACAGGCCACAUCCUCAAACUGGGGUUGGAUCUAGACUACCUUCAUGUGAAGGCUACAGACCAGCAGACCGGCGCUGACGCUGGACUUAUCAUGGACAGUGGUUCAUCUGACACAGGUGACGUUGUGGCCCCCUGCACUAGGAGCUGCGGUUCUUCUCCACAAGAUGACUCAGAGGAAAGUGCAGGAUCAGACAGGGAGCCUGCACACAGCCACAGUCAUCCUCUUGUCGAUAUGCUUGGUGAUGGGUCCAUCCAUGCAGUCCACCCACCACACUGUUGGUCUCCAAGUCUGGAUAUGGAUUCACUGGUUCUGGAUAUGGUACACCAAGAGCCAGGCCCUGUGGAUACACUCAGGGAAUACCAGACAAAGAUGGAGUUUGCCCUUAAACUCGGCUAUGCAGAAGACUUAGUUCGGCUGGUUCUGAACAAGCUCGGGUCAGAUGCACUGAUCAAUGAUGUUCUUGGGGAGCUGGUAAAACUAGGCAGUAAGCCAGAGAAUGACGGUGGGACACAGACUCUCUCCCAAUCCACUUCCACAUCAUCAUCAUCAUCCUCUGGCACAUCUUCUUUCUGCAGUUUCUCUGACUCACUUGACUCUCACCGGUCAGAGUCCCCUUCUGUGGAAGAUAAGGAUAACCUCCGCCAAAUUGUUAUUGAUGGCAGCAAUGUGGCCAUGAGCCAUGGCAAUAAGGAGAUGUUCUCCUGUCAAGGCAUUCAGCUCGCAGUUGACUGGUUUCUUGAACGUGGCCAUCGAGACAUUACAGUUUUUGUCCCAGCCUGGAGGAAAGAACAGUCCCGUCCUGAUGCUCUUAUUACAGAUCAGGAGAUUUUGAGACGUCUGGAAAAGGAUAAGAUUCUUGUAUUUACACCAUCACGUCGUGUCCAGGGCCGCAGAGUAGUCUGCUAUGAUGACAGGUUUAUUGUUAAGCUAGCUUAUGAAUCAGAUGGCAUUAUUGUCUCCAAUGACAACUACAGAGACUUGGCUGUUGAGAAACCGGAAUGGAAAAAAUGUAUUGAUGAACGCCUUCUGAUGUACUCCUUUGUAAAUGAUAAGUUUAUGCCUCCUGAUGAUCCAUUGGGUCGACAUGGGCCAAGUCUGGAGAAUUUUCUUAGAAAAAGACCCAUCAUUCCGGAGCAUAAGAAACAGCCCUGUCCAUAUGGAAAGAAAUGCACCUACGGGCACAAGUGUAAGUUUUACCAUCCAGAGCGUGGUACACAGCCACAGCGAGCGGUAGCAGAUGAGCUCCGUGCCAGUGCCAAGAACUCCACAGUUAAAAGUGUGGUAGAGACGGGUCUCGUGAAAAGCCACAGUGAGCCUGGAGGCUCCCGUAAUGAUAAAGCUGGUGAUGGUAAACGAUCUCUGCCAAAGAGGCAAUUGGACCCCAGUAUCCGUGCCCUCUCUUACAGUGAUGUGGAGGAUAAGCUGUGUUCCAAAACUAAAGCAGACCUGUAUAAGAACAACCUAGCUCUUCCUCCAGCUCCAGGUGGUCCUCCUUCCUGUCAUGGGUAUAGCCAGGACCUGAAAGAUCACAAGCAGACUCAAGCAGAACCACACACAAACUGUGAAUCUCCCGGUCUCUAUUACUCCAUGGUUAGGGCAUAUUCUGGCCUAAGCCUGCCCUCUCAGAGCAGUCCAGAGCGUCACUUCCUGUCUGAUGCUGAUCCACGGACCAGCUCAGUGGCAUCAGAUUGCAGCAGCGAUGGCAGCAUGAGCUCUGAUUCUUAUGGCAUGGCAACCCACAAUGAGCAUUCUUGCAUGAGUUCUCCUGAUUUGUUACUGGAUGAAGGAAUCAAGUGUCAUCACCACCAUCAUCAUCGUAGAAAUUAUCAGUUACCUUCUGUUAUUCCUCCAGGGUUCAUUCCAUCUCCUGCUACAUCUAAUCACCCAGGAUUCCACCACAGCAUACCUAGUGUUCAUAGUUUUGUUCCAGAAGACCAGCAAGACCCCCAUUUCCAGCACUCUGUCUCCUACAUGUCUCCACAACGCCAGCAUCAAGUGGUAGGCUCCCGCUCAAGCUAUCCUGGAGACUAUCCUCCUCUCUGCCAGAGCAACACUUACUCCCAGAACUCUCCACUGGGUCGUGGCCUUGCCUCAACACGUGUGGACAGUGUGUCGGACUCCAGGCUUUAUGAACACUCUCCAUUGCUUCCUAGAAAACCCUACGUAUCCCAAGAGCGAAAGACCAGCUGGGAUCCAUAUUACAGACAGCACCCACAACAAUGCUAUGAGCCCUUCAGUUUCCAGGAUCUUUCAAAGAACCAUGAACAGAUGUGGCGGAUGCCCUGGGGCUGUCCUUCUGCUCCUCCUCCCCCCCAUCUGCCCCAUGCUUUAUCACACCAGCACCAGGAGCCACUUUCCUUGAGUCGUUACCAGGAAGUACGAGAGAAAGUGUUUACCAACCUGUGCAACAUUUUCCCUACAGAGCUAGUGCAGUUGGUCAUGGGGCGGUACCCUCAUGUGACUGACGCCCAACAGCUGGCAGCAGCCAUCUUGGCAGAAAAGAACCAUGCUGGAUACUAAGCGCUGAGGUCAAAUGAAAAUACUCUCAUCAUUUACUCACCCUCACAUUUUCACAAAUGUGUGAGUUUCUUUCUUCAGAUGAACACAAACAGAGAAUACAAAUAAAAAAAUCUCUGGGGAGACCAUAAAUAUAUGGGACACCCAAAGAUGAUGCUUUAAAAGCCACACAAAACACAAUGGUAAUCCAUACUAC